CAGCUCAGGUACUAUUGCAAAGACUGAGGAAGAAUCCACCAUGAGGACCACAGUGAUUUGCUUCUGUUUACUUGGCAUGGUCUCUGCGUUGCCUGUGAAGCAGCAGAUCAAUUCUGGUAGCUCAGAAGAAAAGCCGCUUUACAGCAAACACCCAGACUUUGUGGCAACAUGGCUGAAUGCUGACCCUUCCCAGAAGCAAACAUUAUUAGCCACACAGAAUUCAAUGUCCUCGGAAGAAAGUAGAGAAGACUUACAAGAGACACUCCCAAGAAACUCUGACGAAAGCCCAGAUGAUAUCGAUGAUGAUGACAAUGAAUAUGGAGAUGAGGGGCAUAAAAGCACUGAUUCUGAUGAUUCUGAUGAAUCGGAUGAGGUGGUCACUGAUUUUCCUACUGAUACCCCAGCAACAUCAAGUUUUCUACCUGAUGGACCAACGAGAGGUGCUAAUGAUGGCAGAGGAGAUAGUGUGGCCUACGGACUGAGAUCAAAAGUGAAGGCACCCUACCGAUCAUCAGAACAGGUACAUGAUGUUACAGAAGAGGAUCUUACAUCCCAAGUGGAAAGCUAUGAGUCUGAAAAGGCACACAAGGUAUUCCCUCUCUCACAAAACCUUGCUAAGGUUUCUGCUUGGAACAGCAAUGGCAAGGAGAGUAAUGAAGCCAGCCACCCAGAUGAAUACAGUGUAGAAACCCAGAGUCAUGAGCAAUUGAAAAGCUAUCGACUUGAACGGAAUAGCUAUGACAGCCAGCAGCAAGGUGACUCACAUGGUAGUCAGGAAAAUGACAAAGUCAGCCAAGAAUUUCACAGUCCAGAAGUUGACAAAGACAGCCAAGAAUUUCGCAAACUACAAGUCAACAAAAUCAGCCAAGAAUUUCGAAGCCAAGAAGUCCACCUAGCCAAUGACCCUGAGAGUGCUGAAAAUGCUAAGCAUCUGAAGCUUCACUCUUCCCAUGAAGCUGAUAGUGCAUCUUCUGAAGUCCAUUAAUGGGGAAGGGGGGAACCUUAACUGUGCUUUUAGAAAAGGACAGAAAAAUAAAAGUAUUGCAGUAUGGCUGGGGGAAGAGAGAGGAGAACAGCUAAUACUUAUUUCUAAGCUUUCUGGGUAAAUACAUCUGUAUGUGCAUUUGGAAACAUAAUGGGUUUGAUUUCUAGCUGUAGUUAAGUGAUAACCACCGGUUAAUGAAAGUUUGUAGUUUUCAUUUCCAUUUCUUAGCUGAAAAGGAUAUUAGUGCUUAUUUUUCUGUUUUGAAGAGAAUAUAUAAAGGCAGAAGAAAUUGUUUUAUGCAUAUAUCAGUGAACUAUUACCUUUAUGAUACUGUACAUUUUGGGUUUUUUUAAUCAGUGUAUAUUUUGUUGUGAUUU